AUGCAAGGCUCGGGAGUCAGUCAAAUGGUGCCAGUAGCCCUGCUGGUGGCCCUGCUCAACCUGGCCACAGGUGUCGCCAGCGAGGUUCCACGUCCUCUGGGAGUCUCACUGGCCAAGGCUUCACUGUACCAGCCGCGGGCGGGCGACAACAGUUGGACCUGCUUGGAUGGCAGCCGGACCAUACCCUUCUCCCAGGUCAACGACGACUACUGCGACUGUGCGGACGGAAGCGAUGAGCCGGGCACCUCGGCCUGUCCAAAGGGCCAGUUCCACUGCCUGAACAAGGGCCACCAGUCGGUGAACAUUCCCAGUUCCCAGGUGCAGGACGGAAUCUGUGACUGCUGCGACGGCAGCGAUGAGUCACAGGAGGUUCGUUGCCCCAACACCUGCCUGGAGCUCGGAGCUGCUGCUGCUGCCCAAAGGCGCAACGAAGCCGAGCUGCACAAGCGAGGUGCCGAGCGGCGUCUGGAGAUGAUCACACGCGGCAAGCAGCUGAGGGCGGAGCGGGAGGCUCGCCGACUUGAGCUGGACCAACGCCGCAAGGAACAGGAGCUCCUGCGCGCUGAAAAGGAGCAACUGAAAAAGAACGCCGAGGCCCUGGAGUCCGAGGCAAUUGAAAUCUACAAGGAACAGCAGCGGGAAGUGGGUGCGGAGACAGCCCAGGCGGAACAGGAGCCACAACAGAUGCGCCAAGAGGCCUCCCUCAGCUUUGUGCGCUACGACACCAACAAGGAUGGCUUCGUGGAGGUCACCGAAUUGAUGGUCGACAUGAACCUAGACAGGGAUCGCAAUGGCGUUGUCACUGUGGAGGAGGCCAAGUACUUCCUGGAUGAGCGGGAACGAGUGGAUCUGGACGCGUUCGUCACACUGGCCUGGCCGAGGAUUAAGCCUCUGGCAAUGCUGGCCGAAGGUCUGUUCCAGCCGCCGCAGCCGGAGGAGGUGGUUCCACAACCAGAGACCGAGCAGGCGGAGGUCUCCACCGAAGCUAUCCACCCCACACCUCCUAAGCCCACCCAAGAGCAAGCUGAACUGGCUGGUGAAGAAGAGAUUGAAGCGGACGAAGAGGGCGAGGAGGAUCAAUACGACGACGAGGAGCCCGAUGUGGGCGUAGGCGAGGCCUCUCCUGACGUGGAGGACGUGACCCCACCAAAUUACGAUCCUGAGACCCAGCGCUUGAUCCAGCUGGCCAACGAGGCUCGAAAUGCUCUCGAAGAAGUGGAACGCAGCUUGCGCGAGAUCGAUCAGGAGGUUAGGGAGAUCGACGACCAGAACAACAAGGGUUACGGCCAGACCGAGGAGUGGGCCGUUCACGAUGGCCAGUGCUACAACUUUGAGGACCGGGAGUACGUCUACACCCUGUGCCCCUUCGAUCGCGCUUCUCAGAAGUCGAGAAGUGGAGGACCCGAAACCACGCUGGGCCGCUGGGACAAAUGGAUAGGCGAGCCCAAGAAGUAUUCGCAGCAGAAGUACGCCAACGGAGCCGCCUGCUGGAAUGGUCCGAAUCGGUCGGCCAUAAUCAACAUCAGUUGUGGCCUGGAACCCAAGAUCACUGCCGUCAGCGAACCCAAUCGCUGUGAAUAUUACUUUGAAUUUGAGACGCCCGCUGCCUGCGACAGCGAAGCUUUCCAGGCGGAGUCGGAGAAACUGCACGACGAACUCUGAAAAGAUCAGCAAUCACGGAGGAGGAUGUGUGUGCUUGGCAUACGAAGAUCAGAGAUUUGGGGAUUGUAUUUUAGUUUUAAAGAAGGACAUUCAUUUUGUCGAGAUCAUUCCCAAACUGCAGCAGGAAAAUCUAGAAUUGUAGCAAAUUAAUUCAGUGUAUGCAUUUAAGCAAAAAGUACAUCAAGUUUCAUUCUAAAUAAAGUGUAAACUCCUAGUAUUUUUGAAAAACCAGA